AGACCUGGACCGAUUCUUCCCUUGGCCCCGCCGCCCGCCCUCCCGCCAGCCUGCCCUAGAGAUGGGGCUGGUUUGAUAACCACAGCUGCCCCACUACACUCGAGGCUGGAUGCAUUUCUUUAGUCAAACUGCAAACAACUCUGGGGAUGCCAAAAAGCCCUUCAAAGUGACACAGCUAAGCGAAGGAGCCCUUCUGGUUUUGGAAUUGUCCUCAUAUCCCUUCGCCUUCUUCGUCAGCUGCCAAACCUGUCCUCAACAAUCGGAUACAUAUAUAUAUUUUUUUUUUCUUUAAUGCCUCUCUAAACUCAAUCGUUACGUGAAACUCUUUCGACUGUACACAUAUAAAUAUAGAUAUAUAUUUUUACAAAAUACACCCAUAUACAACACAGAAGGAUAUGGAAGUUUUUCCCUUGCUCUUGGUUAUGUCCAUCUGCUGGUCUCGAACCUGGGACUCCGUGAUUGCGGAUUCAAUCAUUCACAUCGGAGCAAUUUUUGAUGAAUCUGCCAAAAAGGAUGAUGAGGUAUUCCGCAUGGCAGUUGCUGAUCUCAACCAGAAUGAGGAGAUCUUACAGACAGAGAAAAUCACUUUUUCUGUGACAUUUGUGGAUGGCAACAACCCCUUUCAAGCAGUUCAAGAAGCCUGUGACCUCAUGAACCAAGGCAUCUUGGCCCUUGUCAGCUCCAUUGGCUGUACAUCAGCUGGAUCACUCCAAUCUUUGGCAGAUGCUAUGCACAUCCCUCACCUCUUCAUUCAGCGUUCAACAGCUGGGACCCCAAGGAGUGGUUGUGGACUCACCAGAAGCAACAGAAAUGAUGACUAUACACUCUCUAUCCGUCCGCCUGUCUAUCUUAAUGAAGUUAUUUUAAGAGUGGUCACAGAAUAUGCCUGGCAGAAAUUCAUUAUUUUCUAUGAUAAUGAUUAUGAUAUCCGUGGAAUACAAGAGUUUCUGGACAAAGGGUCUCAGCAGGGGAUGGAUGUAGCACUGCAGAAAGUAGAAAAUAACAUCAAUAGAAUGAUCACCACUCUCUUUGAUACUAUGAGAAUAGAAGAAUUAAAUCGCUAUCGAGACACCCUUAGACGAGCCAUUCUUGUGAUGAAUCCUUCUACAGCCAAAUCCUUCAUUACAGAGGUGGUGGAGACUAAUUUGGUUGCUUUUGACUGUCACUGGAUCAUCAUAAAUGAGGAAAUAAAUGAUGCUGAUGUACAGGAACUUGUGAGAAGGUCAAUUGGAAGAUUAACAAUUAUUCGACAAACAUUUCCAGUCCCCCAGAAUAUAAGUCAGAGAUGUUUCCGUGGCAACCAUCGAAUAUCUUCAACAUUGUGUGAUCCCAAAGACCCAUUCUCCCAGAAUAUGGAGAUCUCAAACCUUUACAUAUAUGAUACGGUGCUUCUACUUGCCAAUGCUUUUCACAAGAAGUUAGAAGACCGGAAGUGGCAUAGCAUGGCAAGUUUGACAUGUAUUCGGAAGAACUCUAAGCCCUGGCAAGGAGGGCGGUCCAUGCUGGAUACCAUCAAAAAGGGAGGAGUAAGCGGGUUGACUGGUGAUUUAGAAUUUGGAGAAAAUGGAGUCAAUCCCAAUGUACAUUUUGAAAUUCUUGGAACCAACUAUGGAGAAGAUCUUGGCAGAGGUGUCCGUAAGCUUGGCUGCUGGAAUCCUGUCACGGGUCUGAACGGUUCAUUGACAGACAAAAAACUGGAGAAUAACAUGCGUGGGGUGGUUCUCCGUGUGGUGACUGUUCUGGAAGAACCAUUUGUGAUGGUGUCAGAAAAUGUCUUGGGUAAACCGAAGAAAUACCAAGGUUUCUCCAUUGAUGUUCUGGAUGCCUUAUCUAAUUACCUGGGCUUUAACUAUGAAAUUUAUGUUGCACCAGAUCAUAAGUAUGGGAGUCCCCAAGAAGAUGGUACAUGGAAUGGACUAGUUGGAGAAUUAGUAUUUAAGAGAGCUGACAUAGGAAUUUCUGCAUUAACCAUAACUCCAGAUCGUGAAAAUGUGGUAGACUUUACAACUCGUUAUAUGGACUACUCUGUGGGUGUGCUGCUGCGCAGGGCCGAAAAGACAGUAGAUAUGUUUGCCUGCCUUGCCCCGUUUGACUUCUCUUUGUGGGCUUGCAUUGCUGGCACUGUGCUGCUGGUGGGACUCCUGGUUUACCUCUUAAAUUGGCUUAACCCUCCACGAUUACAAAUGGGAUCAAUGACUUCUACCACACUCUACAAUUCAAUGUGGUUUGUGUAUGGAUCCUUUGUUCAGCAAGGUGGUGAAGUCCCUUACACAACCCUAGCCACUCGAAUGAUGAUGGGAGCUUGGUGGCUCUUUGCACUGAUUGUCAUCUCAUCAUACACAGCUAACCUUGCAGCUUUCCUCACCAUCACACGAAUUGAAAGCUCCAUCCAGUCUCUCCAGGAUCUUUCGAGACAAACUGAUAUUCCUUAUGGCACUGUCUUGGACUCUGCAGUCUAUGAGCAUGUUCGAAUGAAGGGGAUGAAUCCUUUCGAGAGGGAUAGCAUGUAUUCCCAAAUGUGGCGAAUGAUCAACCGAAGUAAUGGAUCAGAAAACAAUGUGUUGGAGUCUCCAGCAGGAAUUCAAAAGGUGAAAUAUGGAAAUUAUGCUUUUGUAUGGGAUGCAGCUGUCCUGGAAUAUGUGGCUAUCAAUGACCCAGAUUGUUCCUUUUAUACUAUUGGGAAUACUGUUGCUGAUAGAGGGUACGGAAUUGCACUACAGCAUGGCAGUCCAUACCGGGAUGUCUUUUCACAAAGAAUCCUAGAACUGCAACAGAAUGGAGAUAUGGAUAUACUGAAGCAUAAGUGGUGGCCAAAGAAUAGUCAGUGUGACCUGUACUCAUCUGUGGACGCUAAACAGAAAGGCAGCGCCCUGGACAUAAAGAGCUUUUCAGGCGUCUUCUGCAUUCUGGCAGCAGGCAUCAUCCUCUCCUGCUUCAUCGCCAUGCUGGAGACCUGGUGGAACAAGAGGAAAGGUUCCCGGGUCCCUUCCAAAGAGGAUGACAAGGAAAUUGACCUGGAGCACCUGCAUAGACGUGUCAAUAGCUUGUGCACGGAUGAUGACAGUCCACAUAAACAGUUUUCCACCUCAUCGAUUGAUUUGACCCCUCUGGACAUUGAUACAUUGCCAACUCGACAAGCACUGGAACAAAUCAGCGAUUUCAGGAACACUCACAUCACCACAACAACCUUUAUCCCAGAGCAAAUCCAGACUCUUAGCCGUACCCUGUCAGCUAAGGCUGCUUCGGGUUUCUCAUUUGGCAACGUGCCUGACCACCGAACUGGGCCUUUCAGGCACAGGGCACCUAAUGGGGGCUUUUUCAGGAGUCCUAUCAAAACCAUGUCAUCAAUCCCCUACCAACCAACUCCUACUCUCGGGCUUAAUCUUGGUAAUGACCCAGACCGAGGUACCUCCAUAUGACCACCAGACAAGGCUUCUUCACUAUUUCUUCUUAGGACUCCCUUUGCAAGGAGCAAUUGUGAUAUUGUGGGACUAACAUGGAUGUAACUUUUUUUUAAAAAAUCAGGAUUAUUAGUAACAGCUCUAGAUCUUUCUCUUGACCAUCUCGCUUUCUCUCUCUUUCUUUCUUCCUACCCAUUUCCCUCCAUUUUUUCCCCUUAGUCACCUUGUUCCCCCAGAAUAUAGGACACUAGUAUUCUAUUAGUAUGCUUUUCAUAUACUGUACUUCAAGUAUAGGAAAUGUGCACUGAAUAUACUACAAGUAUAUGCAGGAUUACUUUGACAUAAAGGCCUCCAUGAUGUCUCUCUUUUCUAAAAAAAUAAACUUGCAAUAAUUUCAUUCCUUUUCUAUUUGUUCUGCUGCAUCCAUCCAGUGCUUUGCUUCUGUUCUGUGUCCUUUAACUGUGGACCAAAGGCAACCCCUGCAGUGUAAAAAAAGACCAUUCAGGCCACAUAACAUGAGAAUGCAAUUUUGUAGGACUACAAAAAGCCAUCACUAUGCCAGUAAAAACUACAGUUAAAUUUACUCUUGCACUGCAACAGUGCAUAUGACCUUUAUGUGAUUGUACAGUAUUAAAAAGUUUUUCUUAUGUACAGUAAACUUUAUCAUGUGGCAGAAACCUGUCGUGUUAAAUAAAUUAGUAUCUCAUAUAUAUACAUAUAUAUGCACCUAUAUAAUGUGUAUAUAUAUCUAUAACAUGGUGGCCAUUGCUAUCGCAAUUCAUUUAAUAAAGCUUUAGUUUUUAAAAAAAGUUGUGUUUGUAUACAGGAAUGAUGUACAGUGAAGUGGGUCUUUUCAGUUAGAAAAGGCAGGUUGCUUUUAUGGGAUUCUGAGUUGCAUUGUUUGCCAACUUGAGCAUAUAUUAUACUUUUUUUUUUAUUAGAACAUCCAGGGCAAUUUAGCGUUUGUACCUAGAUGUAACUCAUUUGAAUAGGUUUUGCAUUUGUUAUUCAGAAGUGUAUAAAGCUAACCUUGAUAAUUUUGCUUUUAAUUAAUUAGAUAAAUGGAAAAUGCUAUUAGCUAAACCACAUCCAUGACAGCUAAUAUAGCUCCAUAAGAGUUUAAACAUAGAUCAUUGAAGGUUAAUAAAUUCUCUUCCAAAGCAGUAGACCAAUCAAUACAAUAGCUGUGUUAGUAGGAAGGAGGGGGAGCCCUUGAAAAAUAUUGAUAGGGCCUUAAUUACUGUCAUAUAUUAUCCUUUAAAAAAAACCGACCAGGCUCUCAUUUUAAUCCCUUUGGAAUUUAGUUUUAUUUAGAGGAGCUAAGUAAUUUUUACAUUAGUGCCAAGUGUAUAGAAAGACAAUAGCAAAAACCAGUGCUCCUUUGGGCACAACCCUUUUAAAGUCACAUUCUUACUUGUUAGAAAUGUAGAAUGAGCUUUCAGUUUGUAAUCCUUAAAUUAAAAUGUGGUAAGUAGGAAGCAAGUAACUUAAUCCUGCAUUUUUUUUUUAAUGCAGUCAUACACUUAAUUUAAUCCAAUUCAUUCCGUGGCUAGGAUUGAUAUAGGAAUCAGCCAACGUGAAUCGCUUUAGGAGAAAUUUAAAAGUAUAUUCUACAGAUAUAUUCUAUUUUGAUGGUAAUUCUGUUCUGGGGAGCAUCUUGUACUGUCACUGUUUUUGUACUAAAUCUUCAAAUAUUGUCUACUGUGUAAGGCAGAAUGAUUUCUUAUCAUGCACAGACCAUUUUGUUUCCAGGGCAGCAAGACUCUAAGUGCAUGCACAACUUGUUUUCCCUUGUAAAAUCCAUGAUUUCAUUCAAAAAUCUGAUUUAAAAAAAGAAAUCUUUACAAGAAGCUAUGUAGGGACAUACCAGAUGUUGCAGAGUGAUUUUAGUUAUAAACAAAUUGUUAACCAUGUACAAUAUUUAAAAAUAGGCCUAUUUUGAUGUGUUGCCUAUUAUACAAAUACACAAAACACUUUUUGGAGGCCUCAGUUACAAGUGGCAGAGCUUUCUGUGUAUAAUUUGUCUAAAUAAUUUGUCUAAUAAAAUUGUUUUCUAAACUU